CGUCUCGCUUUGCGGAAGUGCCACUCACGCUCGCUCGCGUGUUUCAGUUAAGGUGGUUUUAUGUGAUGCUGUAGCUUGCACAGAUGUCUAGAGUGUAUUUAGAGAAGAUCGCGCGCCUUUGUGAGCGCUACCGGGACUUUGUGACCCGGAACCCGGGCGCUACGGCGCAGCUGGAGAGCGCAGUGCGGACCCUGUCGUAUCUCAUAGCAGGUCAGAGGCUUCGAAGAAGUGAAAGUCGCUUUUCAGACUCUCAUGAACUUUCAGAGUUGGUGUAUUCAGCAUCAAACCUGCUGGUGUUGCUGAAUGAUGACAUUCUUAGGAAAGCUCUCUCCAAGACACUGCCUGUGUCUCUCUCCCAGCAGAGGCUGCUAACUUGGCUUUCUGUCCUGGAGUAUGUGGAGGUCUUCACUGAGAUGGGAGCCGCCAAGCUGUGGAAAGAACCCGGGCGCUGGCUGGUUGUCGUCCUGAUUCAGAUCGCAAAAGCUAUCCUGCGCAUCCUGCUACUUUUCUGGUACAAAUCGGGCAUCCAGACAUCACCUCCCAUAAUCCCUCUGGAUAGAGACACACAGCUGUACGACAGAGAUCAGGGCAGCAGUGAGGAAGACGUCACAUUCGUUGGACAGCGCUCAGGCCGAGUGGUGAGACCUCUAAGAAGUGCAUCUUCACUGCAGAGUCGGCUGUGGGGUGGUCAUCACAGAGAGAGGAAGCGGAGGGAACAAGAGGAGGACCUACAGGCAAGUCCCACCCCCCUGGGCCUGCAGGAGACUAUUGCAGAAUCACUGUACAUCGCUCGGCCCAUAGUGCACCUGACUGCCCUGGGACUUUGUGGCAGACGUUCCUGGAAACCAUGGCUCAUCUCAGGCAUCCUGGAGAUAACAAGUUUCAGUUUGUUGUCUGAUACGGCAAAGACGCUGAACCGCAGAGAGAGGGCCGAGAUGAGAAGACGAGCCUUCCUCCUGCUCUACUACCUGCUCCGCUCACCUUUCUAUGACCGAUAUUCUCAAGCGAAGAUUCUCUUUCUUCUCCGGUUUUUGGCUGAUUACAUUCCUGGAGUAGGCUUAGUUGCACGCCCACUGAUGGACUAUUUACCCGUUUGGCAGAAGAUCUACUUUUAUAACUGGGGUUGAGGCUAAUGAUCAUGGAAAAGGUCAAGCAGACCUGUACCAUAAAGGACUGAGAAAGUACUUGUGUGUGUGUGUGAGCUGCAAACAUCGCAUGGGGACACAAAAAUACACAUGAAAAGGUCCGGCGACAAUCCUAAUUGAAAAGGAGUUAAAAGUAGAUGAAGUAGAAGCUCUGUGACUUGACACAUUAUUUCAGUUUAUUUAGCUCGCCUAAUUCAAUUAUGAUUGUUAGCACAAAAUGUACAGUCAAUUAUCGAGUUAUCAUUAUCAUUGUUGUCUUUAAUUUUUCUUUUUUUUAGUUUUGAUUAUUUUUUUUUUAUAAUAUUGUAUAGUUCAAUUCUUUAAAACUCUCUGCCACCUCUUUGCUCAUUUUCCUAUAAAACAUAUUUUUGUUCAAUUAGAUUUAGUUUUUUAAUUUAGGUUUUCUUUUAAUGGUUACAUACAAUAGAACACAAUUGAAACAGAUUUGCUGAGCAUAAGUUAUUAUUGUUAGAGAUAUUUUCAAUCUGACGUAUUACCAUUUUCAGUAGAAUUGAUAAAAAGUUGUAAGACCUUUUCAAAGGACAUCCUGCCUUUCUGGAUGCCCUUUACUUCAAACCAGCAUAAUAAGCAUUAAAUUGGUGAAUUUUCUCUGUUUUUCACUGUGAACUAACUGAAAGCUCAUUUUCGUAAUUGAGUAAAACUGACUUGUGCAAUGGC